AUGACUUUAGAUGAAGACAUAAGUGUUGUCGAGACGUGGAAAGGCAUGGAAGACGCGUAUAGACUGGGUUUGGCUAAAAGUAUCGGAGUUUCUAACUUUAAUUCCGAACAAUUGGGUCGUGUCUUAAAACAUUCAUUUAUUAAGCCGGUUGUCAAUCAGUUUGAAACACAUCCAUAUUUAUCACAAGAAAAAUUAGUUCAAUUCUGUCAUAACAACAGCAUUCAAGUGAUCGCUUACUGUCCCAUAGGAAAGGCAAACAAGGAUUUACUAAACGAACCCAUUCUGACUGAGAUUGCGGCCAAAAAUAACAAGACUGUCCCUCAAGUGAUGCUUCGUUGGCUCAUUCAGAGAGAUAUUAUUGUUAUCCCAAAAACAUCCAAAAGACAUAGACUUCAAGAAAAUUUUAAUAUUUUUGAUUUUCAAUUGACGGACGAAGAAAUGACAGAAAUAUUCAAAUUAAACAAAAACCUCAGAUUUAUAAAUCCUACUGAAGCGGUCAAUAAUAGAGAAUAUCCAUUUCAUAUUCCCUUUAAAUAA